AUGGGUGCUACUCCAUCCGGAGCCCUGCUAACGGAUACAGGGAUCCGAUUGAGGCCACGUGGACGUUUCACCUUGUACACUAGCCAAGAUGUGGAGGCUCUGGGCAUGCUGUGCCCUGGAUGUGAAGGACUGGCCAUGCAGUUGCGUCAAUUUGCCCGGGAAGUCCACAUCAGGAACCGUAUAACACUUAAAGUAUCCAGCACUUACAUCAUAGUAAACAUGGUGAAGCUCGGGAAGCUGGUGCAGUCCUGGCUGGUGAUUAAUCCAGAAUGGAGAGAUGAAUACAGUGUUGACCCUGAUGAGUACAAAAGCAUCUUGGCAAUGAUCUUCGCAGUCAAUGAAAUUAACAAGGACCCUGAUCUUCUGCCGAAUGUUACCCUGGGCUAUCAUAUAUUUAGUACUUGUAACGAUCCAAAGAAAACUUUGGGAAAUGUCAUAAAGAUAUUGUCUGGAGAAAAGGAAGCUCCUAACUAUUACUGUAAGGGACAUGGAGAAGUGGCCGGUUUUAUUGGUGACAGUACUUUCCAUUCAAGUCAUGCAAUGGCUCAGAUACUUAGUCUGUAUCGGUAUACACAGCUGCACAAAUACGUGAGAAAUACUCAUUACAUGGACCCAACCGGAGGUGAGAUCUACUUCAAUGAGAAAAAAGAAGUUCCAACCAAUCUUAUUUUACAAAUCUGGCUUCUUCUUUCCAAGUCCAAGUUUUAUCCUAUCACAAAUUUCACUAUGCAAGGCUUAGACCUGGUGCCUGAACCAUUUCCCAAUAUGAGCGAUCCCAGCUUGUGGAAAAAGGGCAAACCUUCUGGUGAGUUGUCUCCUCCUGAUAGCCCCACCAGUAGAAGCCCAGAUAAAACAAAAAAGGCUAAACCAGGGGAACAGGAUGAAGAGGGGCAGGGAAUUAAAGUACAGCCUCCUCCUCCCUCCAAGAAAAAUCCUCCAGAGAGCUUCCCAGCCUCUUCACAACAAUGCAUAGCUGUGAGACAAAACAAGACAUUUUGUUUUCUCAGAAUCUCUGACCCCGAUGCUCAUUGUGUUUGUAUUGUUCUCCCUGCAGACAGUGAAAACUGCAUGAAAUGUCCUGAUGAAGAAUGGCCAAAUGAGAAGAAGGAUCGUUGUGUUCCAAAACUGAUGGAAUUUCUCUCCUACACUGAUGAUCCGAUUGUUUCAGUAUUUUCAGCUGUCUCUCUACUCUGUUGUCUUCUGACUGGUUUAAUAUUGAGGAUAUUUAUACAUUACCGGGACACCCCCAUUGUUAAAGCCAAUAACCGGGACCUGAGCUAUCUUCUCCUGGUCUCCAUCAUGCUGAGCUUCCUCUGUGUCUUCUUGUUCCUCGGCCAUCCAGUAGAUGUGACCUGCAUGCUGCGUGUCACCUCUUUUGGUGUCAUCUUCUCAGUUGCCGUCUCUUCUCUACUUGCCAAAAGUAUCAUGGUGUGUAUUGCUUUUAAAGCCACCAAACCUGGGAGUCACUGGAGGAAAUGGAUGGGAACCAAACUGCCCAAUUUUAUCAUGUGUGUCUUCUCAUUGGUCCAAGUCAUAAUCUGUGUCACUUGGUUGUCUAUUUCUCCCCCCUUCCAGGAUCGGGACACUCACUCUUAUCGGGGGAAGAUAAUCAUUCAGUGUAAUGAGGGUUCAGUUAUCGGCUUCUACUCUGUCCUGGGAAAUAUGGGGCUUCUGGCAGCUGUGAGUUUCAUUAUCGCUUUUUUAGCCAGGACAUUACCGGACAGUUUUAAUGAGGCCAAGUACAUCACCUUCAGCAUGCUGGUGUUCUGUAGUGUCUGGAUUGCCAUGAUCCCGGCCUAUCUGAGCACCAGAGGGAAAUACAUGGUGGCUGUGGAGGUUUUUUCUAUAAUAGCAUCAAGUACUGGACUUCUUGGCUGUAUAUUUUUCCCAAAAUGUUACAUAAUUCUGUUCAGACCUGAUCUGAAUACAAAAUUAGUAAUCCGCUAAUAUGUAUGGACUUACACUAUGGGGUUGAUUUACUAA